GAGCUUUGUGACAAUCCUAUUAAGGCACGGUAUUGUUAAAUCUCCCAUUCUGCGGAUAAGGAAACGGCAUAGAGACAUUCCUAGGAUACAGAACCCUGCAGCAAGUGGCCAAACACGAUAUUAAAACCAAGACAGGGCCCGGGAUUAGCUUAGUUGUGCUGCCGCCUGACUCGCAAGCACAAGGUCCCAAGUUCUAUUCCCGGUACCAAAAAACCACGAAAACCCAAGGCAAUCGGCACUGAGUUUAAAAUUAUGCAAUAUAUAUGCAAUGCUUAGCGUGACGGACGGAUAGGAGCUACUCACACUGGAGUAGUGUCUUAGUCGGUUCGAGAAAGCAGGGAGCAAAGGGGCUGAACCCGAGAGCUCCGCGGGAGAGCGAGACCAGAAAAACUACAACAUCCAUGGGGCUCAGCGCCUUUCUUAUGGAACUUCCGACUCUCUCCGGAUGCGGCCGGUCAUUGGUUCUCUGUGGGUCCUGGAGGCAGGAAUUGGAGGUCAAAGCAGUGCUGAUUUAGGAUUGGUAGAGUUGCAAUCAGUCAUGCCUCUAACCCGGAAGUAAUAUCCGCGGAUAGCCCCUUGAGUAACGCAGAAGCUAUUUGGAGUGGUUGGAGUGAAGUGGUUUUCCGUCCGUCCCUCAGAGCGAUUCUGAGUUCUUGAAGGGCAGCUUCGGAGGGCUUGGCCACUAAACUGGACGAGGGAGCCCUACUACCUUCCAAUCCGUGCCUCAUGGAGUCUCCAUUCAGCAGCCCGGCGGAAGCAGUCCUGAAGCGGGAGGCGGGCAUCCCGGGAUUGCUCACUCCGCUCGCUGACCUCGACCGAGUGUACGAGCUGGAGCGAGUCUUUGGAUUUGUCCGCGACCUCGGCUGUCAACGGGUGGCCUUGCAAUUUCCUGACCAUCUAUUGGGAGAUGCAGGGGCCGUGGCUGCAAGAUUGGAGGAGAGUACAGGGUCGAAGAUGUUUAUUUUAGGAGACACAGCCUAUGGCAGCUGCUGUGUGGAUGUGCUAGGUGCUGAGCAAGCUGGAGCUCAGGCCCUUGUUCACUUUGGCACUGCCUGCUUAAGUCCCCCAGCCCGCCCGCUGCCUGUCACCUUCAUCCUUGGCCAGCGUUCUGUGGCUUUGGAGCUCUGCGCCAAGGCCUUUGAAGUGCAGAACCCAGACCCUUCAGCACCUGUGGUGCUGCUGAGUGAACCGGCCUGUGCCCACGCCCUGGAGGCUUUGGCCACUCUCCUGCGCCCUAAGUACCAGGACCUGCUUGUCUCCAGCCCAGCUCUUCCCCUACCAUCAGAUUCUCCCAGUCCAGAGCCUAAGCCCUUGGAGCAUUUUGGGCGCCACUUCCCCCUGGCCCCAGGGAGGUGUCUGGAAGAAUAUGGUGCCUUCUAUGUGGGGGGCUCUAAGGCUAGCCCUGACUCUGACCUUGACCCAGACCUGAGCCGGCUGCUCUUGGGGUGGGCACCAGCGCAGCCCUUCUUCUCCUGCUGCCCAGACACAGGACAGACACAGGAUGAAGGUGUCCAGGCUGGACGUCUAAGGGCACGGAGACGGUAUCUGGUAGAGAGAGCCAGAGAUGCUCGUGUGGUAGGGCUGUUGGCAGGCACAUUGGGUGUGGCCCGACACUGUGAUGCACUGGCACACUUGCGGAACCUGACUCAGGCUGCUGGCAAACGUAGCUAUGUCUUGGCUCUGGGACGGCCUACCCCUGCUAAGCUUGCCAACUUUCCUGAGAUGGAUGUCUUUGUGUUGUUAGCCUGUCCUCUGGGUGCCCUAGCCCCUCAGCCUUCUGGUAGCUUCUUCCGGCCUGUGCUGACACCAUGUGAGUUGGAGGCUGCCUGCAACCCUGCCUGGCCACCUCCAGGCUUGGCUCCGUAUCUUACACAUUAUGCAGACCUGUUGCCUGGUUCCCCCUUCCAUGUACCCUUGCCACCACCUGAGUCAGAGUUGUGGGACACCCCAGAUGUGUCUCUCAUUUCUGGGGAGCUCCGACCCCCACUUGCCUGCAGGCCAUCAAAUGAUCCUGGGUGCUCUUCCCUGACCCCACGGCCUCAGCUGGAGCUGGCUGAGAGCAGCCCUGCAGCCUCAUUCCUUAGUUUCCGGAGCUGGCAGGGACUGGAGCCUCGCUUGGGUCAGACACCGGUGACAGAAGCAGUGAGUGGAAGACGAGGGAUUGCCAUUGCUUAUGAAGAUGAGGGAAGCAGCUGAUACCUUGUGGGGCCAGAGACACAGAAGGACUUAUGAGUUGCUACUAGAAUGUUUAGUCCUCCCAGCACUGACUUCUCAUCAUCCUACCAGGAUUCUUGAAGGAGCCUGCAUAGGGAGGGCAAGCCAAGAAGCCCCUCACUGAAGAUAGCUCCAUGCCUAUCUUGUCUUGGCACUGGCACUAUGCUCACCACAUAGUGACUUAGUAAAAUCGCUAUUGCUUGACUGAUGGAGGAAAGGGCUUAGAGACUUUCUUGAGGCCUUCUGGGCCCAUCUGUCCCUGGUGCAGCCCAGGACCAGCAGCCAAUCCUAGUUCUGGGUCUGCAGUUGAGGGUUUGCCCUUAUUUGUUUGUUUGUUGGUACUAGGGAUUGAACUCAGGCCCUUGUGCUUGCAAGGCAGGCGGUGGAACCACUGAGCUAAAUCCCCGGCCUGAGCGUUUUACCUUAUUAAAGGGCAGGUGCUACGUUGUCCAGACUACGUAUCUCAACAUCAGCACUGCUGACAUUUCGGACCAGAUAAUUCUUUAUUGUGGAGGCUGUUCUGUGUAUGGUAGGACGUUUACUAGUAAUGCUGGCCUCUGCCCACAAGACAUGAGAAGUGUUCUCCUUCAGCUGUGACAACCAAAAAUGUCUUCAGACAUAGGCAAAUGUCCCCUGUGGGGGAUAGUAGCCACUAGACACAUAUUUAAGUUUAAACUAAUUAGAUUAAAAGCUCAUUCUCUCAGUCACACUGAUUUCAAAUACACAUAUACAUGCAUGAGAAGACAGUAUAGGUAUAGGACAUUUCCAUCACUGCAAAAAGUUCUAUUGGAUAGUUCUGGUCUACACUGAUUCAGACUUGUUUCUCAGGAUACAGAAAUUCAAAUAAACCAAAUACUCUUUCUCUUUUU